CUCUCUCUCUCUCUCUCUCUCUAAAGGAAGCGCGACUCCUUAUCGCGUCACUGCGUGUUUGGGCGCUCGGCAGGAAACGGCUUUUCCUCCCGGAUAGUUGCAGCGAGAGAGCCUGAAGCGCCGUUUUUCUUUUUCUCCUUACUCAAUGCUCCUCUCCGUCCAGAAGCCGCAGAAGCCGGCCAGAAGGAAGAAUGCCUCCUUCCACGGAGAGCCUCUCGGUCGCGCCUCGUGCGCUCUUGCUCGCAGUUUUGCUGGCAUCGCGCUGCGUCUGCGCGCUCCAUGUCCAGCAGACGUUCGCGUCCCCGAGCGAGACCAAUAACUUUGUAGUGGACGCGGUGUCACGCCGGGUGUACCUGGCCGCAGUGAACGCGAUCUAUCAGCUCAAUGGCACGCUGGCAGCCGAGGUGUCAAACAGCACAGGACCGGUGCGGGAUAACGUGCUGUGCCAUGCGCCGCAGCUUCCCCAGGCGCCGUGCGAACACACCAAGUCCCUCACGGACAACCACAACAAACUGCUGGCGCUGGACCGCGAGCAAGGCGUGCUGGUGGCGUGCGGCUCGGUGUACCAGGGCUUCUGCGAGCUGCGCAGGAUGGACAACGUGUCUCAGAUCGCCGUGGAGUUCCCGAAGCCCAACGCCACCGUGUUCCCCAGCAUGCUCAACAUCGUGGCGAACCACCCGAACGCAAGUACCGUGGGACUCGUGUUCCGAAGCCAGGGCGGCACCCCACGCCUGCUCGUGGCCGCCACUUACACGGGCCUGGGCACUGAAUACUUCCCCAAGAACCACAGCAAAGAGGACCUGCGCUUCGAGAACACGCCCGAGAUCGCGAUCCGCUCGCUGAACACCAAGGACCUGGCGCGCCUCUUCACCUACGACAUCAACCCGUCCGAGGACAACGUGUUCAAAAUCAAGCAGGAGGUCAAGCCCAAGCACAAGCUCAGCUUCGUGCGCGUCUUCGCGCAAAAGAGCUACUCGUACAUCGCCAUGAACAACGACGCCAACAGCGGCUUCAAGGAGAGCCAGCCCAACAGCAUCCUGGCGCGCAUCUGCCUGGACACGGACACGCCGCGCCGCCAAGCCUCCGAGGGCCGCAAACUCACCGAGUCUUACAUCCAGAUGGGGCUCCAGUGCGGAGCCAGCGGCAACAUCUACAACCGACUCGUGUCGAUUUUUCCCGCAGACAUCGACGUCCAGGGUCACCCUGCCGCCGAGCCUUACCUGUUCGGUGUGUUCGCCAAGUCGAACCGGAAGUCGGCGCUGUGCGCGUUCCGGGUCGCGGAGAUUGAGGAGACUAUCCGGCAGGGACGCAGGAACUGUUCCAAUGGACCUAAUGGAGACGUCCAGGUGCUGGACAGCGUGAUUCAGGGCUCGGGGGCAGAAUGUGAGGCCAAGGGCAACAUAGUGCUUCAACAGGAGCAGCUGAAUUGCGGCGCGGCCCACCUGCAGCAUCCGCUGGCCCUGAGGAAGCCGAUCAGAGCCGAGCCGUUGUACGAGGCGUCCGGGAUCAGCUCGGUCGCCGUGGACAACAUUCACAACUACACGGUGGUCUUCCUGGGCACCAGCAAUGGCCGGCUACGCAAGCUGUCCCUACUGCGCAACCUUUCAGUGGCCAAUCAGUGGUCGCUGCGACUUCCCGCUGGAGAACCGGUGCAUCACGUUAUGACCUUUGACCCGAAUGACAGGAACUACUUGUACCUCAUGACGAGCCACCAUCUCUUGAGGGUGCGAGUGUCCGGAUGCGGCCAGUACACGUCGUGCAGUGACUGUCUCAGUGCCAGCGAUGCUUACUGCGGCUGGUGCACACUCGAAAGCAGGUGCUCGGUUCAGCAGGAGUGCUCCAGUGGUGUGGCGCAUUCGUGGAUCAGUAUGGGCGAAGGACCUCAACAGUGUCCUUCCAUGACCUUUACUCCAGCCGAGUUUAGCCUGACAGCCGACAUUACGCAUGUGGGGAUCUUGGUCAACGGAAGCGUGCCUGACUUGGAUGGCCUUGGCCUUGAAUGUGAUUACGGGGUUGGCAUGGCGACGGUCGCCACGGUGCACCUGGACGACGGCCCAGCCAAAAUCCAGACUUGCCCACUUCCCCCUGCCAAAAACUUUCCCAAGAUUCCUUCAGGCAGCGACCACAUUUCCGUUCCUGUGGCGAUCAAGGUGAAAGGCACGUCUGUGGUCUCGGGAAGUUUCGUCAUCUACGACUGCGAGAGGACGGCGGAAAUUAACCCGAGGACUGCGUGUACAAGCUGCCUGAGCACAAAGUGGCGAUGUUACUGGGAUCACCAGCUCAACACGUGCGUUUCUGAUAAAGAUAAAGUCCAAGGAUUGGUAUUUGAGAAUGCGGAAGACUGUCCCAGGAUCAUGACUGAGGAAUUCCCCCCAUGGCCCACAGGGAUCACUCAAGAUAUCACACUUCGCCUAAGUAAUGUGGAGCAGGACACUGAGCUGAACUGUGACUUUGGGAAUGGGAAGUUAUAUGAGGCACACUGGCUGAACAGAUCAGCUGUGAAGUGCAGAGGAGUGAUACUGAGCACCACGAAAAGGAGCGAGAUUUUCCGCCUCGACCUGCGUCGGAGAGGACUAGAUAAAUACAUAGACAGUCCUGAGUCAGUUACAGUGGAGGUAUACAGCUGCAGUGGGGGGGACAGCGACUGCUCUCAGUGUUGGGGGAGAGAACAGCAGGGUCACCUGUGCGCCUGGUGUGAUAACAGCUGUCGUCCUAGAGACCAGUGCCAGCCAAUCAGAGGCCAGUGUCCUGACCCCACCAUCCACAAGAUUACUCCUCUGAGUGGUCCAUUGAGUGGGGGAACUCUGCUCACAGUGCAGGGGAGGAACCUGGGACGCAGGGCAGAAGAGGUAGAGGUCUAUAUUGGGGAUGUGCCCUGCCAACUGCUGCCACAUCACUACACUGUCUCAGUCGAGUUGGUGUGUAUGACAGGAGCCUCAUCAAACGAAGUGAAAAACAAGGUGGAAGUCAAAGUGAGUGAAAAUGCGAUGGGUUAUUCGAGGGAAGCUUUCUCUUAUGUGGAACCCAGGUUAGGUGAUUUGAACCCCUUACAUGGCCCGAUCGCCGGGGGAACCCGACUCACCAUCCGAGGUGCAUCACUCGAGGCUGGAUCUACUGUUAAAGUAAAGGUUAACUCCACUCAGGACUGUGAAAUCGACAGGCUGUCCGAUGACAUCAUCGAGUGUGUGAUGCCGCCAGCUGUGUCCGACCUUGCAGAGAACGUAUCGGUGUGUGUGGAGUAUGACGAGAGGCCGUGUGAGAGACAUCUUAGCAGUGUGUUCUACUAUGAAAAGAACCCCGUCAUCAAUAUUGUAAAACCGAAUAAGAGCUACCUAAGUGGUGGACGUACCAUCUCUGUGAUUGGUCAAAGUUUUGAUCUGGUCCAGACAGCUAAAAUGCAUUUGGAGGGAAUCGGCCAAUCAGUUUGCACCACUGCAUCGCCCAAUCUCAUAUUAUGCCACUCUCCGGCAGCCAGCCAAUCGCAGCAGGCCAUGGCUCAGUUCUACCUGAACGGGAUUUUGUACAGACGGAAUGGCCACGCCUCCUCUGAGCUGGACUUGGAUGAGGAGGAGGAGUCUAAUGCAGGUCACUUCCUGUUCGAGUAUGUGGAAGACCCUCAGUUUUACACCGCCAACAAAGAGAAACUUAUCAAGCAUCAUCCUGGGGAACCUCUCACACUCAUCAUCAAUAAAGGGCCGAGCGAGUUGGACCUGACUCAAGACGAGUACUUGGUCAUGAUUGGCUCUGAGCGCUGUGACAUCAGCUUCGACAACAAACAGAUGUUCCACUGCACCAUCAACAGAACGCUGAGCUCCAGGAGCGGAGAGCUGCCUGUCACUGUGCGUGCCGGUAAUUUCCACAAAGUGAUUGCUGUGGUUCAGAUGGGCGGCAGUGAACUAGCUAUCGUUGUCACUGUUGUGGUGUGUUGUGUGCUUCUGCUGCUGUGUACAGUGGCACUGGUGGUGUAUUGUACCAAGAGCCGAAGGGCAGAGAGAUACUGGCAGAAGACCCUCUUACAGAUGGAGGAAAUGGAGUCACAGAUCAGAGAGGAGAUACGCAAAGGAUUUGCCGAACUCCAGACGGAUAUGACUGACCUGACCAAAGAGCUAAACCGCAGCCAAGGCAUUCCCUUCCUUGAGUACAAGCAGUUCGUUACUCGCACCUUCUUCCCUAAGAUGUGUUCAGACUAUGAGAGGAGUCUGGUUCAGCCGGUGUAUGAAAAUGAUGCUCUGGGACCAAGAGCCUUACCUGAAACCCACCCUCUGCUGCAGGAUUGGCAGCCCUCCAGCACCACCAGGCCCAAUGUAGAGGAGGGAAUCACCAUGUUCUCCACGCUCCUCAAUAACAAGCACUUCCUCAUCACCUUCGUUCAUGCGCUGGAACAGCAGAAGGACUUUGCUGUCCGAGACAGAUGUAAUCUGGCUUCACUGCUCACUAUCGCCCUCCAUGGCAAACUGGAAUACUACACCAGCAUCAUGAAGGAGCUGCUGGUGGAUUUGAUCGACGCGUCCGCCUCCAAGAACCCCAAGCUGAUGCUGCGGCGCACGGAGUCCGUGGUGGAGAAGAUGCUCACUAACUGGAUGUCCAUCUGCAUGUACAGCUACCUCAAAGAGACGGUUGGCGAGCCAUUCUUCCUGCUACUGUGCGCGAUCAAACAGCAGAUAAACAAAGGCUCGAUAGACGCUAUCACGGGGAAGGCGAGAUACACGCUGAACGAAGAGUGGCUCCUGAGAGAGAACAUCGAGGCUAAACCACUGAACAUUAACGUGUCGUUCCAAGGCUUCGGGAUGGACUCAGUGAGUGUGCGUGUGAUGAACACAGACACCAUCUGUCAGGUGAAGGAGAAGAUUUUAGAAGCUUUCUAUAAGAAUCUGCCCUACUCCCAGUGGCCUCGAGAGGAGGAUGUCGAAUUAGAAUGGUUUCCCGGUGGAGGCUGCAGUAGCCGGAUACUUCAGGAUCUGGAUAACACCUCUAUAAUGGAGGACGGCAGGAAGAAGCUCAACACUGUGUUUCAUUACCAGAUCCCUGAUGGGGCAUCGCUGGCCAUGAGUAUGAAAGACAAGAGAGAGAACACACUGGGCAGAGCUAAAGACUUGGACACCGAGAAGUACGUACAUUUGGUCCCACCCCACGAUGAGCUCACAGAGACUAAGAAGUCUCAUAGGCAAAGUCACAGGAAGAAGGUGUUGCCUGAGAUUUAUCUGACCCGCCUACUCUCCACUAAGGGAACACUUCAGAAGUUCCUGGAUGACCUCUUCCAGGCCGUCCUCAGCAUCCCGCCUGAGAAGCCACCACUAGCCGUGAAGUACUUCUUCGAUUUCCUAGAAGAGCAGGCUGACAAACGGGGAAUCACGGAUCCAGACACGCUGCACAUCUGGAAGACAAACAGUUUGCCUCUGCGUUUCUGGGUGAACAUCCUGAAGAAUCCACAGUUUGUGUUUGACAUCGAUAAGACGGAUCACAUGGACGCGUGUCUGUCCGUCAUAGCUCAGGCUUUUAUCGACGCAUGCUCCAUCUCUGACCUACAGCUGGGGAAGGACUCGCCCACCAAUAAACUGCUGUAUGCUAAAGAGAUCCCGGAGUACAAGAAGAGGGUUCAGUCCUAUUACAAGCAGAUCCAAGAGAUGGCGCCGCUCAGUGAGCAGGAGAUGAACGCGCACUUAGCCGAGGAGUCACGCAAAUACCGGAACGAAUUCAACACCCACCUGGCCCUGACCGAGAUCUACAAAUAUGCCAAGAGAUACCGCACUCAGGUGGUGAACGCUUUGGACUCAAACCCGACUGCUAGACGCACUCAACUGCAGCACAAGUUUGAGCAGGUCAUCGCCCUUGUGGAGGAUAACAUUUACGAGUGCAGCAGCGAAGCCUGAACUCCAGCCAAUCCAAAUGCAUCCUCCACAGGGCCUGAGCCAAUGAAAACACUGCCUCUACAUGGCUACAAUACAUUCCGGUGAUCAAACCUAAACCAAGGGGUGAUCCAAAAAAAAAAAAAAAAAGGACGGACACUUAAAAACUGAAAAUUGAAUCAAAACAAAAACGUUUUGCUGCCAAUUCCAUGUUGGUCACUCUUCUUUCUAUGGCUGGCUUGUGAGGUUUUUUUUUUUGUUUUUUUUUUUAAUUGAUAUGCAAUCCAAAAACACAUUAUGCCUGUUAACAAGACGGGGACUGAUGGGAUUUCACUUGACGUCGUGUUGGGAGGCUGUUUAAAUGUGGACUUAUGGAACCAGGAGUUCCUGUGGUUACUUCACGCACUGACCCCACUCUGGGGAAGAGCCAAUGAUGCACUGGACUGUAUAGUAAAAAUUUCCAUAGCAAUAUUUAUAGCUUUGUGUAUGAUUUUUAUAGCGUAAUAAUUUCAAUGUGAGAGGAAGCCAAUAUGGGGAACGUCCUCCUAACUGGCGCUGAGCAAAGGUUACAGUUACUUCAAGCUGUCGUGAUCAAAUCUGGUGUGUUUUACAUUUAUUUCCCUGUGCCUAGUCUUUGAGAACUGAGUCAGAAUGAAAACAUCAGAUUCGGUGGCUUGUAUAACGUAACCUUGGCAGUGAAAGUUUUUAACUACACAUCAAUCUGCGUCCAUGUGAUUUACAGGUCAUGGCCAUGAGGACGAAGCUGCAGACUGUUUUAAAGGUUUUAGAAAGUUGAAUGAGAGGUUUAGAUUGAAUCUGAACCAAAAAAUAACUAUUAUGGUUACUUGCAUUGGAUAGUCUGCCUGAUACAGUCAUUUCAGUGCUGCUUUCAUGGAAAAAGAGGGAAAUUUUAUCAAAUAAACCUAUGACCUUGA